CCGUCGUAACUCGUAACCCAUUCAUUUGCUUCCGACCGUUGCACACACACACACACACGUGUUUCGGAAGCAAAGCGAGUCGGAACACGCGCAAAGCGCGUGCGCGUCACCGCAACGUUAGUUCCCAUUUCUUCCAUUGUCGAAAAUUAAACUCAUUUAAAGUCAUCGUCAUCACCACACCAUCCAUUAUUAUUUCCCCUCCAUUUUCUCUCCCUUUCUCUCUCACAGAGAAUCCAAACCCUAGAAAAUUCGCCCUUCAUAAAUUCCCCGACGAAACCCUAGAUUUCCUCUCCAAACUCUCUUACCCUCCCGAGAUAAAAACACACAAAUUCUUCGGCAUUCGGUGCCCAGAUUGCAGAUCCCGUUAAUUCUCUUCCCAUCCCCCGAUCAGGUUUGGAUUCCGGAGGAAAUUCAAAUUAAUUUCGACGCAUUGGUGUCGUGGCCUGCGCAUGGGUAAGAUUCUGCGAGAAACCGCGAGGCCGUCCUUUAAUUGUUCGUCGGCGUCACCGUCGUCGGCACCUCCGGCAACGACGUCGUCUACGUCGGUGACGGAUACAGUGAGGGGGUCGCACCGAUUCAAGAUCACGGGGUAUUCUCUGUCGAAGGGGAUUGGGAUUGGGAAGUACAUAGCAUCGGAUAUAUUUUCGGUGGGAGGGUACGAUUGGGCGAUUUAUUUUUAUCCUGACGGGAAGAGCGUGGAGGACAAUGCUACGUACGUGUCGCUCUUCAUCGCGCUCGCAAGCGAAGGGACGGAUGUUAGGGCGCUUUUUGAGCUGACCCUUUUAGAUCAGAGUGGGAAGGAGAGGCACAAGGUGCAUAGCCAUUUCGAGAGGACCCUCGAGAGUGGACCCUACACGUUAAAAUACCGUGGUAGCAUGUGGGGUUACAAGCGGUUUUUUAAGAGAACAGCACUAGAGACAUCAGAUUACCUUAAAGAUGAUUGUCUUAGUGUUAAUUGUAGUGUUGGUGUUGUGAAGUCACACACAGAGGGCCCUAAAAUAUAUGAGAUCCCAAUUCCGCAUUCUAACAUUGGUAAGCAAUUUGGGAAGCUACUAGAAAGUGGGAAAGACAGUGAUGUGAGUUUUGAAGUGAAUGGAGAAAUUUUUGCUGCUCAUAAAUUGGUUCUAGCAGCUCGCUCACCUGUUUUCAGGGCCCAACUUUUUGGUCCUAUGAAAGACCAGAAUACCCAAUGUAUAAAAGUUGAAGACAUAGAGGCUCCAGUUUUCAAGGCAUUGCUCCAUGUUAUAUACUGGGAUUCACUGCCUGACAUGCAAGAGCUUACUGGGUUAAGCUCAAAAUGGGCUACUACCUUGAUGGCUCAGCAUCUGCUAGCAGCAGCUGAUCGGUAUGGGUUAGAGAGACUUAGGCUGAUGUGUGAAGCAAGUCUAUGUGAAGAUGUUGCAAUAAACACUGUUGCUACGACUCUAGCCUUGGCAGAGCAACACCAUUGUUUCCAACUGAAAGCAGUCUGUCUGAAAUUCGUUGCAAGGCCUGAAAAUCUCAGAGCUGUGAUGCAAACUGAUGGUUUUGAGUACUUGAAGGAAAGUUGCCCAUCUGUUUUGACUGAGCUUUUGGAGUAUGUGGCUAGAUUUACUGAGCAUUCGGACUACUUAUGCAAGCACAGGAAUGAAGCAGUACUUGAUGGCAGCGACACAAAUGGAAGGCGGGUGAAGCAAAGGCUAUAGUGCGAACACUGACAAGUUCUCUGUACAACCCUCUGCCCGUCGCAUUUAAAAAUUUCAUUGAGAGCAUAAAACGAGGGAGAUGAUAAGCAUUUUAUAGGAUUAGAGGCAAUUUUUAAUUUUCUUAGCUUCAUGUCUAGGAGAUGUAAAUGUAGUUUGGUCUUGGUGCUAUUGCAGGCCUGCCUGUAGGUUUCUGUAAGAACUUUGUUCGUAAAACAUUUGUCCUAAAAGAAAGUAUUGAUCACUGA